UUCCGGGGAAUCAGUUUGAGGUAACACAGUCGUCUAUAAAUCCAUCCCACCGGAAAUGUCUCGUCCUCUUCAAGUGAUCCAACAUGGCGGACCAGGGCGAGAAGAAGGAGAACCCCAUGAGGGAGCUCCGCAUCAGGAAGCUCUGCCUGAACAUCUGCGUGGGUGAGAGCGGAGACAGGCUGACCAGAGCCGCCAAGGUGCUGGAGCAGCUCACCGGACAGACCCCCGUCUUCUCCAAGGCCCGCUACACUGUGAGAUCCUUCGGCAUUCGCAGGAAUGAAAAGAUUGCUGUCCACUGCACCGUCCGUGGAGCCAAAGCAGAGGAGAUCCUGGAGAAGGGACUGAAGGUCCGGGAGUACGAGUUGAGGAAGAACAACUUCUCCGACACGGGGAACUUCGGCUUCGGCAUCCAGGAGCACAUCGAUCUGGGCAUCAAGUACGACCCCAGCAUCGGCAUCUACGGACUGGACUUCUACGUGGUUCUGGGCCGACCCGGCUUCAGCAUCGCCAACAAGAAGCGGAAACGGGGCCGCAUCGGCGCCAAGCACCGCAUCCGCAAAGAGGAGGCCAUGCGCUGGUUCCAGCAGAAAUACGAUGGCAUCAUCCUCCCCGGCAAGUAAAGGAGCUCCUCUUGGUCUUGUUUGUAACUACAUAAUAAAAUGGUGGAAAAAAAAAA